CUUGUUGUCCCAAAGAUCAAGGUCUUUUACGCACAGCUGCGUUUUCAUGCAGGUCCUUCUGUUUGGAGGGUUUCCGUUUUCUUUUAUCAACCAGAAGUUUUUGAAUCGUUUUAACUGUCUUUUGAACUAUUUGCAAGAUGGGGGAUGAUGCAUCGCAGAGACGUUUACAUGCCAUCAAAGGACAUUUACAAGAUGCCCCCAAAAAACACAAACUCCUCAUAGCAAACCGUUCCGAAAUCGCCAUCCGAAUCGCCCACGCAGCCUCCGCACUGAAUUUCCACACAAUCGGAAUCUACACUAUAGAUGACGCCGAGUGUUUACAUGUCAAGAAAUGUGAUGAGGCGGUGCAGAUUGGCAAGGGUGUGAAUGGAUAUUUGGAUAUUGAGGGGAUUUUAAAUGUGUGUAGGGAACGGGGGGUUUGGGGUGUGCAUCCUGGGUAUGGGUUUUUGAGUGAGAAUAAAGAGUUUGCGAGACGGUGUGAGGAAGAAGGGAUUGUGUUUGUUGGACCUUCUUCGGACAUGUUGGGAUUAUUUGGUGACAAACUCGCAGCCAAAGCCCUCGCAACCUCUCUCGGUAUCCCAACCCUCAAAUCCACAACGGGACCCACAACACUUGAUCAAACCCUGUCAUUCCACUCCAAACUCUCCAACCCCAUCAUGAUCAAAUCGAUUCACGGAGGAGGUGGAAGAGGCAUGCGAAUCGUACAUGACCCAAAAGAGAUUCCAAAAGCGUAUGCGCUUGCUCAAAUGGAAUCUGAACGGAGUUUCGGGAAUGGGGAUGUUUAUGUCGAGGAAUUUCUUGCGCGGGCUCGACAUGUUGAGGUUCAGGUUAUUGGUGAUGGGAGGGAUGUGGUGCAUUGUUGGGAGAGGGAGUGUACGUUGCAGAGACGGAAUCAAAAGUUGGUGGAGGUUGCGCCUUGUCCUGCGUUGGAGGAUGGUGUGAGGAUGAGAAUUGUGGAUGCUGCUGUAAAAAUGGCCAAAGCUGGAAAGUACAAAUCAUUGGGAACAUUUGAAUUCCUCCUCUCCCCAACAACAAACAAAUUCUACUUUCUCGAAACCAACCCCCGAAUCCAAGUCGAACAUACCAUCACCGAAGAAACCACUCGCAUCGACCUAGUCCAAACCCAACUCUCCAUCUCCCUCGGCCACAGUUUAGUAAACCUCGGUUUAACAAACAUACCCAAACCCACAACAUACGCCAUCCAACUCCGUAUCAACGCAGAAACAUACGAAAAAGGGGACGUGAUACCUUCUUUUGGAUAUAUAAAAGCAUUUGAUCCACCUACUGGCCGUGGGAUUCGAGUGGAUACAGCUGGAUACGCGGGGUACACCCUUCCAUCGACCUUUGAUUCCCUUCUUGCUAAACUAGUGAUAUUUGAUGCACCGAGUUUUACGGCAGGGUUGGAUCGAGCUUAUCGGGCGUUACGUGAGUUUCGGAUUGAGGGUGUGCAGACGAAUAUGGGUGUUUUGAUGGGGUUGUGUUUGGAUGAGGAGGUAAGGGGGUCUAGGGUUUGGACGCGGUAUAUUGAGGAACGGGGUGUCAAGGCUUUGAAUGGACCCAACAUGUUUUUUGAGAAGAGACGGGUGGUGGAGAAAAGUGAGGAGGUGGUUGUGGGGCCUGAAGGGAGUGUUGCGGUUCGGAUGCCCAUGCAUGGUGUUGUCGUGGCUUUGAAUGUUGGAGUGGGGGAUACAGUCUCUACAGGACAAGAGCUCGCGAUUAUAUCCGCCAUGAAAAUGGAACACGCCAUUUCAUCCCCCCAAUCUGGUGUAAUAGCCUCCAUACCCACUACACUAGGAUCAACCCUCGAACCCUCCUCUCCCAUCCUAUUCAUCACCCCAAUGGACUCGACGAUACUUGCAAAGGAAUCUACACCAGCGAAUCUGGACGUCAUUCGACCGGAUUUGGCGGACCUUUUUGAGCGGCGACGGGUAUUAACGGAUGAAGCCCGUGUUGACGCUGUGCGUAAGCGGCAUGAAAAAGGGAAAUUGACUGCCUGGGAGAAUGUUGUUGGGUUGGUGGAUGAGGGGAGUUGGAUAGAGUAUGGGAGUUUAGCUGUAGCAGCUCAAUCCUCCCGACGAUCCGAAACCGAAUUAACAAAAAUCUCACCUCGCGAUGGAGUAUUAACUGGGUUUGGAACCAUUAAUGCCCACCUCUUUCCAACCCAAUCUCGAGCGGCCGUUAUCGCAUAUGAUUAUACGGUUUUUGCGGGAACACAGGGAUAUUAUAACCAUUUGAAACAAGAUCGGAUUCUUCACCUUGUGCAUAAAUUUCGGAUACCUUUGGUGGUGUUUUGUGAAGGUGGAGGUGGACGGCCUGGGGAUGUUGACACACCCACAUUAACGGGACUAAAUGUCCCAACCUUCCACUCCCUAGCCCAAAUAUCAUCAAAAGUCCCAACCAUCGGCAUCGCCUCUGGAAACUGUUUUGCCGGGAACGCCGCCCUCUUAUCCAUGUGUGAUAUCAUUAUCGCGACCGAGGAUGCGUGUAUUGGGAUGGGAGGACCGGCCAUGAUUGAAGGGGGUGGAUUGGGACGCGUAAAAGCAAUCGAGAUUGGACCUGUGGAUGUCCAGGUUCGGAAUGGUGUCAUUGAUGUACUCGUUAAAACGGAACGAGAUGCCAUCACGCCAACCAAACAAUACCUAUCCUACCUCCAAGGCCGUCUUCCAUCCUUUACAUGCGCAGAUCAACGGGCCCUUCGGCACGCCAUACCCGAAAACCGUAAAAGAAGUUUUGCAAUCCGGAAUGUGAUUAACGUUCUUGCGGAUACAGAUAGUAUAUUGGAAUUACAAAAAGGGUUUGGAGAGGGUGUUGUUACCUGUUUUAUACGCAUCGAGGGCUGGCCAUUCGGACUCGUAGCAAACAACUCACAACACAAUAGUGGAGCCAUCGACUGUUCUUCCGCAACAAAAAUAACCCGUUUUAUCCGUCUCUGUGAUCGGAAUGGUAUCCCCAUUCUUUCAUUAUGCGAUACACCGGGGUUUAUGGUGGGUGUUGAGGCGGAAAAAACGGGGCAGGUACGGAGGUUUGGAGAGUUGUUUUGUGCGUGGGGUGCGAUCAAGGUUCCUGUUUUCACUGUCAUUCUACGUAAAGCCUAUGGUCUAGGCGCCCAAUCCAUGGCCUCUGGUUCCCUCUCAUCCCCCUUUUUCAGCAUCGCAUGGCCAACAGGUGAAUUCGGUGCCAUGGGUCUCGAAGGUGCCGUUCGAUUAGGAUUCAAAAAAGAAUUAAAAGGGGAUGAUGGAAAGGAGUUUGAGAGGUUGGUUAACGAGUUUUAUGAAAAGGGCCGCGCGGUGAGGGUUGCGAGGGGGGUCGAGAUUGAUCAGGUGAUUGAUCCGGCUGAGACGAGGCAGUGGGUUUUGAGGGGGUUCUUGUCGUGUGGAGGUGGCAUCCCAAAGCAAGGCUUGGCAUAGUUACAAAGUUGAUGAGGGCAUUUCAUAGUCCAUAGGGUUGCUUUUUCGAAUAUCUGUUAGAGUUGGUGUGUCCGACGUUUCGACCAUGACCAACACACUAUGCGUUAAAUGUCUAGAUAGCAAACGUUACCUAUCCCACAAUGAUAGUAAUCUAUAAUGUUGCGGUUCUGAAAAAAAGGAUUGCAGAAAAGUCAUUGCAAACAUAAUACCUCAAAGUAAAAACGUAAAAGCUUUGAUCAAUAUACAAAC